CACUCAGUCAGUAGUAGCGGCAGCGAGUGACUUCCUUGUUUUAAGAGUACAGGUAUUGUACUCGGAGCACCAUGGCAGCGCGACUCUCCUUCUCCCAGUACCGACUGGAGGCUGAAAUUGAGAGAUGUCGGGGCGAGUGCCAGUGGGACAGGAUCCCAGAGCUGGUUCAGCAGGUGAACCUCGCCAGAAUACACGAGCACGAUGACUUUGGGAUCCUGCUGUUGGCUGAGUCCCUGCUGGAGGAGUGUCUCCGGGAGAACACAGCCCAGCUCAGAGACUGCACUCCAUUAAUGGAAGACAAGCUGCCCAAGCUGCACCAAGCCAAGGCACACCUGAGCACCAUUCUGAACAGAGGCAAGCUGCAACCGAAGUACCUGAUUGAAGCCAUGCUGGUUCUGGCUAAGCUGCACUACGUCGAGGGCUCCCCGAGAGAUGCACUCAGCAUGUACGCCCGAGUGGGGCUGGAGAGCUUCGCCAUGGAGAACCAACAGCUCUACCAGAGCAGACUGCUGGCCGAAGCUCUGCUCAUUAAAGGCCUGUCUAUGGAGCGCCAGCACAUAUCUGCCGCCUCCCAGGCGCGCCUGUCAGAGAGGCAGGAGGAGGCCCUGUCCUGCUUCGAGAAGGCCUGUGACAUCACUCUGCUGUACCUGCAGGAGCUGGACAAGUCAGUAAGCAGUUCCCACUCCAAGGGUGUGAAGAGCAGUGGCUCAGCAUCGGAGUUCAGUCCCGGUUUCUUCCUGGAGGCGGCGCUGCAGAGCGCAUACGUCACGCACCUCAAGAAGGGCAACCUGGUGCGAGGGCAGAGAAGGCUGAGACAGGUCCUGAGAGCUGUGGAGUCAAAGGGCACGCUGAACUUCAAAAAGACUGCAGCGAGGCAGCUGGUAGAGGUGCUGCUGCACACGAUCAGUGAGGACUGCUACUGGAGCCCUUCCUCCGAGCCCCCCCCAGAGCUGCAGGCAACAGAGCCAUCAACCCACAUCAGCUACAUCCUGGACCGUGAGCCGGAGCAGUAUAGUGGAGACAAUCUGUUUUGCCCGCAGGAUAACAUAGAAGAGGCCCUGCUGCUGCUGCUGAUCAGCGAGUCAAUGGCAAACAGAGACAUGGUCAUCAGCCGAGCCCCUGACCAGCUGGAGGACCGGGCGGUCAGUCUGAAGGACACCUCUGCGGUCUAUGACCUGCUGAGCAUCGCCAUGGCCAGGAGGGGGCAGUAUGCAAUGCUGUCUGAGUGUUUGGAGCGGGCCAUGAAGUUCUCCUUCGAUGAAUUCCACCUCUGGUACCAGCUGGCUCUUUCGCUGAUGGCUUGCGGACGGUCGGCGAGCGCAGUGUCUAUGCUCCGGGAGUGCUCUAAGCUGCGACCGACUGACCCCACCAUCCCUCUCCUCGCUGCGAAGGUCUGCAUUGGACAGCUGCACUGGCUGGAGGAAGGAGAGGUCUUUUCCAGGAUGGUGGUUGACAUGGCGGAGGAAGCUGGAGAAUUCCUGGCCAAGGGACACCUGGCUCUGGGACUCUGCUACAGCCUGCAGGCCUCGGACGCUUCUCUGAAAGGUGAUCAGGAUAAACUAAACAGGAAGGCUCUGGAGACCCUGAAGAGAGCCCACAAGCUGGACCCAGAUGACCCUCGGAUAUCCCUGUACCUGUCUCUGCAGUUCGCUCUGGUCAGACAGAUCUCUGAUGCAAUGGCACCCCUGCAGCGGGCCUUGAAGGAUGGGAAGGAUGACUUGCACUGCUUGCACCUGUUGGCCUUGCUCUUCACAGCACAGAAACACUACCAGCACGCCAUGGACCUCAUCAACAUGGCCGUCAGCGAGCACCCAGACACCUUCAGGUACCCCCACAACACAGCACAGAAACACUACCAGCACGACAUAGACCUCAUCAAUAUGGCCGUCAGCGAGCACCCAGACACCUUCAGGUACCCCCACAACACAGCACAGAAACACUACCAGCACGACAUAGACCUCAUCAACAUGGCCGUCAGCGAGCACCCAGACAACUUCAGGUACCCCCACAACACAGCACAGAAACACUACCAGCACGACAUAGACCUCAUCAACAUGGCCGUCAGCGAGCACCCAGACACCUUCAGGUACCCCCACAACACAGCACAGAAACACUACCAGCACGCCAUGGACCUCAUCAACAUGGCCGUCAGCGAGCACCCAGACAACUUCAGGUACCCCCACAACACAGCACAGAAACACUACCAGCACGACAUAGACCUCAUCAACAUGGCCGUCAGCGAGCACCCAGACACCUUCAGCCUGCUGUUCACGAAGGUGAAGAUCGAAGCAGUUCUGCGAGGCCCUGAAGAGGCUCUGCUGACCUGCAGGGCAAUGCUGCGUCUCUGGCAGACCUCCUUCCACUCCUCGCGGUCCAGUGAAGGGGACGAGGGGAGCAGCGUGGACGAUUCCGCCCCUCUAAGCAGGAAACCCAGCGGACUGCACCUCAACCUGCCAGACUUCCAGGACCCCGAGACCGGCUCCCAGCGCACCCCCUCCAUCGCAGAAUCGCGGCUGGAACAGGCCAUGUCGGAGAUGUCAGCCUACAGCACCACGCAGAGGCAGGGGCCGGUGCAGAUGUGGACCACUCUGGAGCACAUCUGGCUGCAGGCUGCUGAGCUGUUCAUGGAGCAGCAGCAGCUGAAGGAGGCCUCGUUCUGUGUGCAGGAGGCGGGGGUGCUCUUCCCAGUGUCCCACGGCGUGCUGCUGAUGCGCGGCCGGCUGGCGGAGCUGAAGGGCAGCAUGGAGGAGGCCAAGCAGCUGUACGACAAAGCCCUGAGCAUCAACCCCCAGGGGGUGCGCAUCCUGCAGAGCCUGGGCCUGAUCCUGAACAGGAUGGGCCGGAGCAGCCUGGCGGAGAAGGUCCUGAGGGACGCUGUCCAGGCUCAGAACACGUCUCACGAGUCGUGGAAGUGCCUGGGGGAGGUGCUGCAGGAGCAGGGGAGGAGCGAGGCUGCUGCAGAGUGCUUCCUGACCGCCCUCGAGCUGGAGUCCAGCAGCCCCAUCAUGCCCUUCACCGUCAUCCCCCGGGAGCUGUAGACCUGCUCACACCACAACGCUCCCAGCGACAUUUACUAAGCUUCUACCCCACGUACAAUAAAAAGGGGCUCCACCUUAGAACCAAGAGUAAGAACACAGGAACAAUUUACGAACAAGAGGAAGUUGUUCUGUUUCUAGUAUCUAAUUAAUAUGAAAACUUUAAUGAUCCCAGUGAUUCGGCAUCAAGAACAUGGCUAGGUAACCCAGCUGUCAUACCGGUGUUGUGUUUUCUCCCCACCAAAAUCACUUAUAUAAGUUUGUUUUAUGUGAAGUGACAGCAUGUCAAGUGGGAAACUGAAUUCCCAAACGGCUUUUUUUUAAAUAUAUUUAUUUAUUUAUUUUUAUCUGCGAUUGAAUUCAGUCUGUCCUGCUAAGAGAUGAAUGUACUGUUUGAGACCCAUAAUAAAAUAUGCAUUGAUCAGUUUCCAUCAGUACCAGUCAGUUGGUAGCAGCCUGUUUAAAUGACACAUGCCAGAGGUCCAUUGGUUAAUAGAGGCUAUCAUAUCUUACAGGAUCGGAUUUGACAGGUUCUGCUGUAUUCAUAAAAUGUUUGUCAAAUGUGUUAUGACAUUUGUUCCAAUAAUACUACAAAAUUAUAUUAUUUAUGAUCUCAAUAAUUACAUUAAAAGUAAUGCCUACAAAUCACACACAUGCAGCUAGAAUGCUGAAUUUCCAGUUCCUUUCUGUUUGUAACUAAUGUUAUGACAACCUGUUGUGAAUGUCCUGUGGGUUCUCAAGGUGGCUCUGAAGGAUUCGGCACAUAGUUUUACAGUGUUCAGUAGCCUUUAUGAAUGCAACCUACUGAAGAGUUUAAUUGAAAUAAAGUUCUAACUAGGACAUGGACCCUUAGCAUACAUUAUAUAUGGCAGCCCAGCUGCUAAAGCAUUACUGUAUAGCAUUGUUCAAUUCUAAAGCAAGCACAGAACUAUGUUAUGUAAACUACUAUGGAUCAUAUUUCUAUCAUCUGUAUUGUAUACGUCUGCUGGAACAAAAUGCUGUAUUUUAUAUUGAAAUGGACGUUUUUAAAAAGGUUAAGCUGCUAUGCAUUUGAUACACAACCAGCAACAAAAGAUCCCAAGAUGCAUUGUAAAUAGCAUGGCAUCAGACCAGGGGGCACUAGUUUAUUUUGUGUCUUUAAAGACAAGGCUAUAUUUUUGGUGCUAAUACAUUCUGUAAUAAUAUCAUAUUGUACACGUCACAUUAAGUGUCUCUAAUUACUGUGUAUUUGCAUAGUCAUUGCUUACUAAAUACAUGUGUACUUACACUUAAUUACAGUUAUAUUGUGCAUAGUUACAAUGUACUUAAUGUAUAAAUCUAGUAUCUUUCUUUCCCAUUGCUGCAUAUUUCUGAUUUGAUUUUAUUUAAUUUUAAUUUAUGCAAUGUAUGUUAUUACUUGAUUUGAGUACUGGCUAUUUUGUCUUAUGCUAUGUUUUAUUGGUAAAAACAAUAUAUAAGGGGUGGGCACCAGUAUCGACAUGUUGAUAUGAUAUCGAUAUCGAUAAUAAUUUCCAUAUCGCAAUAUUGCGGGAUAAAAUAAAUUCAUGUACGCUCAGAGACAUACUUGUUAUUGCUAAUACUGCUAAAAAUACAAACGCAGUAUAAUCAAGUUUAUUUUAUAUUAAGAUAUAACAAACCCUAUACAUACCAAUCAUUGUCAGUCUUAUAGGCAAACACCACACACUAAAGUAUUAUUUAACCAUUUUAUUCCAUUGAUUGGCGUUUUUCUUUUUCUAAAAACCCGAUUAACAAAUGUAUUUCAAACAUUCAAUAGCUAUAAAUCCAGAAACACAGCAAAUCCACACCGUGUCCCCUCUCUCGUGUCCGCUACUCCCCUUUCUUCACCUGUUUCCUCUCACCGGCCAAUCCCUUACUGGAAACUAUAUCCUGUUUUCAAAAAGUGCGCGCAUCAACUAAUUAAGAAACAGGACCGUCUGUUUAAAAAUGAUACACACCUAUAAACAAACUUAACACAAACAAACAUAAUAAACAGGAAAAUCGGCUUAAAUAAUUAGAUGUGUAUAAUUUUUUUCUUCCAUUCAGAACGCGCUCACAAGGUACCAAACGCUAUUUGCAUGCUGCAUUAAUUAAGCACUAUUGGGAUUAUUUUGAGAUAUGCGCAUGCAUCAGUGUGGUUCAUUAAAUUUUUUCCAUGUGAUUACUUACACUGUUAUUAAUGUAUUUUUAAAAUGUGAACUUUUGGUAUUAUAAAUGAGUUGUACUUUUAAAACAUCAAAACACAUCUCAAAAUAAUGCAACAUUCAGCCUGACACUAAUACUUUCAGAUGUGUCGUGCAUUUAUACGCAGAGAAGAUAAAAUUACUUCUGGAUUGUCUAGCCUUCGCAGUGAAGUAUAGAAAUAUUUCAGUUUUGAGGUGGCUGGUGAUGGCAUGGAAUAGUAAAACAAUAUAACAAGACCUUGUUUUUCUCCAUGUAUAUUGUGAAGCAAAGUUAAGUUAAAGUAAGUUAUUGCUUUUCUUAUGUAAAUAUCUGUUAACGUCUAUAUGUAUAUGUUUCAUAUUGCAAUUGUGUUAUUAUAAUUUUCUGUGUUUUGGAAGACUUCGAUAUUAUUGAUAUCGAUAUACAAUUUUCAUAUCGAUGCCCACCCCUAUAAUAUAUAUAUAGUGGCAGACUAGGGGGAGGAAGGGGAAAAUAUGUAGUACAGGGAGGGGAAAAGAACUACAUCCCCCAGAAUGCCAAUGCCAGGAUGAGGAGCACCUGGCUCCAAUUGAUUUAAGCCCUGCUUAAAAGUUGUGGAAACCCUGCAGUCAGAGCUGUGUGCCAGACAGUCACCAGUCUGUGUGAAGCAAGGCUGUCACCGUGAAGAAACCUGUGUGGUUCAGAAAGCUGCUGUGUGAACCUUUUUGUGUUUUGCUGUGUGAACCUUUUUGUGUUUUGCUGUGUGAACCUUUUUGUGUUUGGUGUGUGUUAAAAGUGUUUUGUGAAACCGGUAAACAGCUUAGCUAUCCGGCGAUAGUUAGUGGAGAAACAAAAGUUUAGUAAGUGCUCCACGUGGGAGUUAGGUGUUUGUUUUGUUUUUGUUUUAUUUAUUGUAAAUAAUAAAAGUGCAUGCAAGUGCUAAACAUGCAA